AUGUAUGAAGAUACUCUUGGCGAAUUGCGAAAAAGAUUCAAAAAACCACAUUCAAAAAGAGAAUCACUUAACCUCUUUAACAAUGCCAACAUUGCUAGUGUAACGCGGUCUAUGUUAGUUUAUGAACAACAAAAUAACAAAUUUGAUAAAAUAAAGAGCUUUGUGAGACUUUUAGAAGAUUUGAAUACGCUUGAAAAAGAGACAAAUCCUAAAGCAAAGCUAUUGAAAGAAAAAAUUUUAUGGGAACUUGGUAUAAACAAAAAAGAAGCAAGCCAUUUGUUAAAAUUAGUGGUAUUCCAGGGGCAAGGUGAUGCAUUAGAAUUCUGUAAGCAAAACAUUUUUAAUAACAUCUCAGAAACUUAUCCAACCACUAUUCCUGAAAGUGAUAAAAGAAAGCUUGCAGUUAUUACCGGAGCUACUGGCGAUAUAGGAUUUAAUAUUGCUAAGGCUUUUCUUAAAUAUGGAUACAAGAAGUAUGUAAUCAAAGUAAUUCGGCAUGCUAACAGUGAAUAUCUUAAAGAGGAAAAAUUGAAAAGAGAAAACAAAGCCAAAAAGUUAGCAGAAGGAGGUGCAAACGUUGAGUUGGUAGACUAUAACAAACAUGACGAACUUGUCAAAGCUUUAACAGGAGCAAGCUUUGUUGUUAGUGCUUUAGGUAUAGGUAGCAGAAAGCCAUGCUAUAAUGCUCAGAUAAACCUUCUAAAAGCCAUACUGGAAAUUAAUGAAAGAUUUGAAAGAAAUGAAGAAGGAAUAAAAAGGAUAGAAAGAUUUGUCCUGUCUGAGUUUUAUGUUGAUUAUAAUUCUAUUGCAAAAAAUUCUAAAGAAAUAAUUGUUGAACCAUUUUGGUAUACCUUCGAAGAUAAAAAAGACUUUCAAGAAGUAUUAGAAAAGAGAAAAGUUGUAAAGAAAACAAAGAUCAUGAAAAAAGGCAAUUUAAUAGAAAUAAAAAUAGAAAAGGAGGAAUUACACAAAGUAAAUCUUGACUAUUUUUAUCUUUACGCUGGAUUAGCUUACGAGUAUGUUGCUUGGCUCGGAUUUGAUACAACUACCAGAGAUGCUAACUUUUAUGCAGAAAGAGAUAAAAAAGUGUCUCUUACAUCUUUUGCUGAUAUUGGCAGAUGUGUCGUAGAAGUGCUUGAUAACAAUAAAUUUGUUAACAAAGCUAUCAGAGUGAAUGGAAUUAGUUUAACGUUAGGAGAUGUAUGCAAUAAAUUUGUUGCAAGCUACAAAAAAUUUGUAGCUGACAAAGAAUGGUUAGACAUGUAUCCUUUUGAAGAUCUAACAAAUCUAAAUUCAUGUGAACACGAGAAGAUCAAAGUUCUGCAGGCUAGAAAUCUAGAUUUAGGUCCUGACACGUUAAAAGAGGAAGAGUUAGGUUUUAAACUUGAUAAUGAUUUAGACAAAGUUAUUGAAAUUUUUGUUAGAACAAAUGCAAAAGAACAGUUAGAUCUAAGUCAUAUAUAUGAAUUUCCUGAAUUGUUAAAUGACCUGCGUUAA